CAGUGGCAGCUAACGAAAUAAGUUCCAUAGAAGCAAAAUGUUGAAAGUGCGCAGCGGUGUAUCUAUGAUUCAGUCGCAAAAAGCGACCAUCUGUAUCAGUAGUCAGCUGCGUUGGCAGACCACAGCUGUUGCAGCACAGCCCAGGAACGAUGCCGAGUGGCUGCAAGCUCGUCCCUUCGAGCAAAUUCCGCGGGCGCCGGUUCUGCCCACCAUUCGGAAUUUUAUGCCAGGAGGAAAAUAUAGCAAACUUGACAUUGUAGAAAUAUUUAAGGUCAUGAACGAGGAAUAUGGCAACAUAUUCUAUUUACCAGGCAUGUUGGGAGGCCCAUCAUUUCUGAGCACCUACAACCCCAAGGACUUUGAGGUGGUUUUCCGUAAUGAGGGCGUAUGGCCCCAACGGCCUGGUAGCGAUACUCUUCGCUAUCAUCGGGAAAAGCAUAGAAAGGACUUCUUCCAGGGAGUCGAGGGAAUCAUACCUACCCAAGGAAAGACCUGGAGCGACUUUCGAUCCAUUGUAAAUCCUGUCCUCAUGCAGCCGAAGAAUGUUCGUCUCUACUAUAAGAAGAUGUCCCAAGUGAACCAGGAAUUUGUCCAACGUAUUAAAGAAGUUCGUGACGUCAACACUCAGGAGGCUCCAGAUGAUUUCAUACACAUUAUUAAUCGCUGGACCCUCGAGUCAGUCUCCGUCGUGGCAUUGGACAAGCAACUGGGUCUGCUCAAGGAGUCGGCCAAAAACGACGAGGCCGUACAACUUUUCAAGGAUCUGGAGGAUUUCUUCAAACUCUCAGCCGAUUUGGAGAUCAAACCCUCCCUCUGGCGUUACUUUAAAACACCGAAGUUAAUGAAACUCAUGAAAGCUCUCGAUGGUGUUCAGGAAGUAACUUCCGCUUAUGUAGAUGAAGCUGUUGAACGUCUGGAGAAGGAGGCCAAAGAGGGAAUUGUUCGCCCGGAGAAUGAGCAGAGUGUACUCGAAAAGCUGCUGAAGGUCGACAAGAAGGUGGCCACGGUUAUGGCCAUGGAUAUGCUAAUGGCUGGGGUGGAUACCACAUCUAGCACAUUCACUGCGGCCUUGUUGUGCCUUGCCAAGAAUCCGGAGAAGCAGGCCAAACUCCGGGAAGAGGUCAUGAAGGUUCUGCCCCAGAAGGAUUCCGAGUUCACUGAGGCAUCGAUGAAGAAUGUUCCCUUUCUACGUGCCUGCAUCAAGGAGUCACAACGGGUUUAUCCUCUGGUUAUCGGAAAUGUUCGAGUUACUGCUAAGGACAGCGUUUUAAGUGGAUACCAAGUGCCUGCUGGCACCUUUAUUUCAAUGGUUCCAACGUCCUUGCUAUCAAGCGAGGAACAUUUCCCCAAAGCUAAUGAGUUCCUGCCAGAGCGGUGGAUUCGUAACGCCGCAGACGCCACAGGGGAGUGCCCGGCGAAUGAUUUGAAGCUGAAGAAUCCGUUUGUGUUCCUUCCCUUCGGAUUUGGCCCCCGGAUGUGCGUGGGAAAGCGCAUCGUGGACAUGGAACUGGAGCUGGGCAUCGCCCGGCUCAUUCGGAACUUCAACAUCGAGUUCAAUCACUCCACGGAGAACGCCUUCCGCUCUUCCUUGAUCAAUUUGCCAAACAUACCUCUUAAGUUUAAGUUUACCGACUUGUCCAACUAAAGCAUUUCUUUACCA